AUAAAUAACAAAUUACUAGAAAUUUCAUCGGAAGAGAAAGACCUGGGUAUUUGGGUUCCUGGGGCGCUUACCUGGUCAAAACACACCUUUGACCGCUGUGCAAAGGCUAACAAGUUGCUUGGCUUCCUGCGCAGAUCUGCUGUUGAAGUCAAAAAUGCAAACACCCGCCGCACGCUCUACCUGGCAAUUGUGCGUCCUGCAUUAGGCUACGCCACCCAAGUCGAGUCACCGCAGUCAAUUAAACUAGUGGAAAGACAGAGCGCGUUCAACACCGAGCUUCAUAAUUUUUCCUUAAGCUGCCCUUCACCUGUACAGAAUCCUACAAAGACAGACUGA